GGAACCUCUCGUUGACACACACUCGGUCCUCUAUCUCUAGAGAACGCUUCCGUACUAGCAAAGAGAGCAAGACGAUGUCGUAUGUGCCUCCGCACCUCAGGAACUCAGCCUCAGCCGCCACCGCCACCACCACCACCACCACCACCAGAACCUCAUCUCUAAACCUAGACACUGACCGCACCAAGCUCUCCAAUUCCUCAAGCUUUUCCAAUGCCUCUCGCCGGAGCUCCAGCUCUCUCCGUCUCGCCGUGCCCGAAGCCGUUUUCCCUCUGUGGAAGCCCUCCGAACGCGUUCUACGCAUGAAUCCCGAGCAGAUUGAAGAUGUCCGGUUGCGGCUCAAUGUCGAUGUCACUGUCACUCUGGACUCCCCUCUUGCUCCUGCUCCUGUUGAGUCUUUCACGGAUAUGUGCUUGCAUACAAGUAUCAUGAAGGAUAUAGCAUUUCAUGAAUACACUACGCCUACUUCUAUUCAGGCUCAGGCCAUGCCUGUGGCCCUCAGUGGAAGGGAUAUGUUGGGUUGUGCCGAAACGGGAAGUGGCAAAACGGCUGCAUUUGCUAUUCCGAUGAUAGAGCAUUGUUUGGCUCAACCUCCUGUUCGCCGUGGUGAUGGACCUUUGGCAUUGGUUCUGGCUCCUACUAGGGAGCUUGCCCAACAAAUAGAAAAAGAGGUUAAAGCAUUUAGUAGAUCUCUUGAGUCAUUCAAAACUGCAAUAGUUGUGGGUGGAACAAACAUUGCGGAGCAGAGGUCUGAGCUGAAGGCGGGAGUGGAUGUGGUGGUUGCUACGCCUGGAAGGUUUAUUGAUCAUUUACAGCAAGGGAACACUUCCCUCUCUAGAAUUUCAUUUGUUGUUUUGGAUGAAGCUGAUAGAAUGCUUGACAUGGGGUUUGAACCACAGAUAAGAGAGGUGAUGCGGAACCUUCCAGAAAAGCAUCAGACUUUGCUGUUUAGUGCAACCAUGCCUUUGGAGAUUGAAACAUUAGCACAGGAGUACUUAACUAACCCUGUUCAAGUGAAGGUUGGAAAAGUGAGUAGCCCAACAGCAAAUGUAUCUCAAAUCUUGAACAAGGUUUCUGCCAGUGAGAAGAUUGAUGGGCUUCUAGCUUUGCUUGUAGAGGAAGCAUCACAAGCUGAAAGAUCUGGUCAUCCCUUUCGUUUAACUAUUGUGUUUGUGGAAAGGAAGACAAGGUGCGAUGAAGUCGUUGAAGCUUUGGUAGCACAAGGUUUACAUGCAGUUGCUCUUCAUGGUGGCCGUAGUCAGAGUGAAAGAGAGGCUGCUCUACAUGAUUUUAGGAAUGGCUCUACUAAAAUUUUGGUUGCCACUGAUGUUGCAUCUCGUGGUUUGGAUGUCACAGGAGUUGCUCAUGUUAUAAACCUGGAUCUCCCAAAGACAAUGGAAGAUUAUGUGCACCGGAUUGGAAGGACGGGGCGUGCAGGAUCAAUGGGCCAAGCUACUUCAUUCUACACUGAUCAUGAUAUGUUACUUGUGGCCCAGAUAAAGAAAGCAAUUGCGGAUGUUGAAUCUGGGAACCCUAUGGCUUAUGCGACUGGAAAGGUUGCAAGAAGAAAGGAGAGAGAAGCAGCCGCUGCACUGAAAGAAGCAAGAACUUCUGUGUCCAAACUCUCUGUGAACGGAUCCACUGCAAUAACCAUGGAGGAUAAGUAUAAGUUCAUGAUUGCAGCCUCAGACACUAAAGGAGAGGGCGCUGCAGAUAGUGCUUGGGAUGAUUGAUGCAGCCCUCCCACCUUUAAUGCCUCUUUCAAAAGAUGAUUGAUGAUACAAUGCUUCGGGCUCCAAGAUUCUUAAAUUGGUUCGUUGCUUCAUACUUGGGGGCUUGAAGUGCAACCUGUGGUAAUUAUGAAUGUUGUUCGCAAGGAAGGACACAUUGCUUGAUGCCUUGGAACUUUUAGGGUUUGCUUAUAGGUUGCGCACAUUUGUAUAUAUCGAGAGUCAAUUUUUCUUGAAAGAUUGUUUGUUUUAAUCGAAAUAUUGUUUUGGAUA